AUGAAUGCCUUCAUCUCGUCCUUUGAACCGCUUCGCUUUCAACAUCUCUUGAUACGCUGGGUGGCAUGCGACAACAUACCAUUCCACAAACUGGAGAGUCCGUACUUUCGCGACCUUAUGGCUUACGCGAACAGCGCAAUUGCGGAUUCGGGCAGUAUUCCCACUCAUAGCACAAUACGCGACUGGAUUGUGCGCUCCUUCAAUUGUCACAAAGGUGUCGUGACGGAAUUGCUUCGUCGGUCGCUCAGCCGCAUCAACGUCUCCUUUGAUGCUUGGUCCUCCCGAAAAUUCACAUCUCUGCUCGGCCUUACCGUACACUUUAUUGAUGACGAAGGGAAGUUCCACAAUGCGGAGAGCAACGACACGUGCCUUGAAGACUUGGGCGCUGAGUUGGGGUUCAACAAGCAGCAUCGUCGGCUCCGUUGCUGCGGCCACAUCAUCAACCUCGUCGCCCGAUCCAUCCUUUUCGGCACGGACGCCGACGCGUUCGAAGAGGAUUGCCAAGGCCCCAUCGGCAAGUUGCACAAUAUCGUUCACUGGGUGGAAAGGUCUGGGCAGCGCAUUGAAAGGCUCCACAUGCUCCAAUCCAUCGAGAACACCGCCCUGGGCCUCGAAGACAAAACAACCUACGAUGUGGUCAUGGACAACGCUACUCGCUGGAACUCGUCCGAAGCGAUGAUGGAGCGGGGCUACAUGCUUCGCAAUGCACUCGAUUCGCUGGUCCAAGCGGAAGUGACAGAGUGGAAUCAAUAUGUGGCGAGAAGGACACAGCACGGGGCAAAGCCGAUGCCGAAGAAGUGCCGCAAGAAGCCUACAAUUGUGGACGACCAGAUGGUCACUGAGGACUGGUCCGUUAUUGCAGAGUAUUUGGCGAUCCUGAAACCAUUGAAGAUCGCGACAAAGCGCCUAGAGGGCCAGCCACGACAAGGCAAAUUCGGCGCGAUUUGGGAAGUUUUGCUCACAAUGGAGUGGCUUCUGAAGCACCUAGAAGAGGCAAAGCUACAGCACGAACGGGACGAGGAACCGUACCUGCGAAUCGGCUGCAAUCUCGGCUGGAUGAAGCUGGAUCAAUACUACGCCCUUACGGAGGAUAGCCCUGCGUACCUCGCAAGCCUCGUCCUCCAUCCCGCGUUUCGCUGGUCCACCGUCGAGUCGCAGUGGUCCGAUCAUCCGGACUGGUUGGCCAGAGGAAGGGCGGCUGUGCAAGAGCUAUGGGAGGAGUACCGAACCCUCGCGGUCGAGCAAGAUACGAUACCCGAGGAGCCCACAGCUGCAAGGAAGACAACGGACCUAGAUGACUUCAUGACCUCAAUUAGGAAACUUGGCGCCCAACCUGCGCCCUCACCGUCCUCCACGCGUGACGAAUACGCAGAAUGGGUGGCCAGUACCGAUCCGGGCGAUUGUCUUGUGGACAAUCCCAUCCAGUACUGGCUUCUCCGCAGACGCCAGUAUCCACGCUUGUCGCGAAUGGCAAUCGACCUCUUUUCUAUUCCGGCAAUGUCUUCAGAGCCGGAGAGAAUAUUUAGCCUUGCCGGACAGAUGGUCACAGCUCAGAGAGGCCGCCUCAAAGCGGACCUUAUCGGGGCGGCUCAGUGUAUUUCGUCGUGGGAAAAAAGUGGAGUUAUCCAGAUAUCCAAAUGA